AUGAUGAUCGUUCGCGACCUAGCCUUGAGUGAUGGGACAUAUAUCCCAGAUCCGACCGUUCUCGCCAUGGAGAACAGAGAACCCGAUUCGGCCUUCGAGCUGGUAUAUGUGAAUGUGACUCAGCAUGCAGAACCGCUUGUGAGUGAGCUUUACGAUGGAUGCAUCUCCUCGUGGAACUGGCCUCUAUCGGAGGGACUCAAGGGGCACAUCACCGUCUGGGGUUCAUAUUAUGACAUUUACAAAAGCAUGUUGCUAGAGAAAUCCCCGGGAACGCGCUUUCCAGUCCCGGAGACGGUGUGGUUGGAUACCUCUGAUGAAGAGGGGGUAUGGUGCACUGCCAUCGACCGAGAAACCGGGAACCACGAUUUGUCUAGAUUCGCAGGCCAAGCCGAAGUGGGUCAUACUAUCACAAUUGUGCCACCCGCACGACGAUCCCCGAGCGAGGUUGGCAUCGAGCCAUUGCGCCUUCGGUCAUUCUCAACAAGCCCUAAGCUGACCUCGGAUGACACCAGCGAUCACCCGUCGUAUCACCAACUACCAGCAGGCAUGACAGGCUCAGCCGCUGGUGAGGCAAUUCUGCCAACCCGCAUCAAUUGUUUCCGUCUGGUGUUCGACCAGAAGGUGGUUACGCAGGAAAUCGCGAACUACCCAUACGAUGGCACCGGCACCGAGGAAGACCCGUACGUGGUCAUUUGGAUCCCCAACGAUCCUCGCAACCCGAUGAACUUCGGCGCUGUGAGGAAAUGGUCCUACACGUUCCUGGUCUCAUUUAUCACACUCACUACCGCUUUGGUCUCGUCCGCCUACUCGGGCGGUAUGAGCCAGAUCGUCGAGGAUUUCGGCUGCGAGCAAGAAGUCGCCAUCCUGGGCAUUUCCCUGUUCGUGUUGGGGUUUGCCUUCGGUCCCCUAAUUUGGGCCCCAAUGAGUGAAACCUUCGGUCGGCGGCAUAUCUUUACCAUCACGUAUUUCCUCAUGACGGCGUUCAAUGCCGGCGCGGCGGGUGCCCAGAACAUCCAGACCCUCAUCAUUCUCCGCUUCCUGGCGGGAUUCUCCGGCUCGUCAGCCUUUGGAAAUGGUGGCGGGAGUAUUAGUGAUCUCUUCUCUGCAGCUCAACGAGGCAUUGCCAUCAGUCUGUUCGCUGCGGCGCCGCUGUGUGGUCCGACUGUUGGACCGGUCAUCGGAGGAUUUCUCGGCACCGGUGCAGGAUGGCGCUGGGUUGAAGGCUUUAUGGCUGCGUUUUCUGGCGUCGUGUGGCUUGCGGUUACCUUCUUUCUACCCGAGACAUAUGCCCCUGUUCUUCUGCGUCGAAGAGCCGCCAAGUUAUCUGAGCUGAAUGGCGGAGUUUAUCGCAGCAAGCUGGAUAUUGAGCGCGGCAGGGUACCGUUGACCAAAACGCUCUCCACGGCGCUCUCGCGGCCCUGGCAGCUUUUGUUUCACGAGCCGAUCGUCCUCCUGUUCUGCAUCUACAUGGCCAUCAUAUAUGGCACGCUGUACAUGCUGUUCGCCGCCUUCCCGAUCGUUUAUCAGCAGGGCCGCGGCUGGAGCGAGGGCGUAGGAGGCCUGGCCUUCAUGGGUGUCUUGGUAGGAAUGGUCCUCGCUGUUCUCUACACCAUUCCUGACAACCUGCACUACGCUAAACUAUGUCGACAAACCACGGGGCGUUUGGCCCCGGAGGUUCGACUCCCCCCCAGUAUCGUCGGGGGCAUCGCUCUCCCAAUCGGACUGUUUUGGUUCGCUUGGACCAAUUCACCCUCCAUCCACUGGAUGGCCUCGGUCGCCGCCGGUGUCCCCUUUGGGUUCGGAGAGGUUCUUGUUUUCCUCAGUGUCUUCAACUACUUGAUCGACUCGUAUACCAUCUUCGCGGCCUCCGUGUUGGCCGCCAACUCUUCCCUUCGGUCGCUUUUCGGCAUGGCUUUCCCUCUCUUCACGACCUACAUGUAUAACAACCUCGGCAUCCACUGGGCCUCGUCGAUCCCUGCAUUCCUUGCCCUCGCUUGCGCGCCUUUCCCGCUUCUAUUCUAUUGGUAUGGAGCGGCGAUCCGCAAGAAGUGCGUUUACGCCGCUGAGUCGGAAGCCUUCAUGAAUCGUCUCGCUGAGAUGCAGAACAAGCCGGCGCGUGCGGCGCAGCCUGCCGAGGAGAAGAAUAAAACGGGCCCUGAAGAGCAAGCCCCGGAAGAAGAGAAUAACGAUUCCAGCGAUAGCGAUACGGACAGUCUCUCGACGAUCCAGUCUGAGAGUGUCAUGGGUCGACGGGCGUCUCGAGCAUCUCGAGCGAGUAGACAGUCGGCUCGUUCGGGGCGGUCUUUGGCUCGAACGGCUACGCAGUAUGAGGAGAACCCCUAUGACAUUGACCGGGUAAAUACGCGGAACUCGGCGAUCAGUGGACGGAGAAAGAAAUAG